AUGGACCGGGUCUCGCUGGCGUGGAUGGCGCUCUUCGGGCUGACAGAUGCAGAUCUUCAAAUUGGAAAACUCAUGUGGGGAGACAGUGGACUCUAUUACUGUAUCAUCACCACCCCCGAUGACCUGGAGGGCAAAAACGAGGACUCGGUGGAGCUGCUGGUGUUGGGCAGGACAGGGCUGCUUGCUGACCUCUUGCCCAGCUUCGCUGUGGAGAUUAUGCCAGAGUGGGUGUUUGUGGGGCUGGUGAUCCUGGGCAUCUUCCUCUUCUUCGUCCUGGUGGGCAUCUGCUGGUGCCAGUGCUGCCCGCACAGCUGCUGCUGCUACAUCCGCUGCCCGUGCUGCCCGGAGUCCUGCUGCUGCCCUCAGGCCUUGUAUGAAGCAGGGAAAGCAGCCAAGGCCGGGUACCCUCCCUCUGUGUCCUGUGUCCCCGGCCCCUACUCCAUCCCCCCUGUCCCCUUGGGAGGAGCCCCCUCAUCGGGCAUGCUGAUGGACAAGCCGCAUCCACCUCCCCUGGCUCCGAGCGACUCCACUGGAGGAAGCCGCAGUGUUCGCAAAGGUUACCGGAUCCAAGCGGACAAAGAGCGGGACUCCAUGAAGGUCCUGUACUACGUGGAGAAGGAGCUGGCUCAGUUUGACCCGGCGCGGAGGCUGCGGGGCCACUAUAACAACACCAUCUCGGAACUCAGCUCCCUGCACGAGGAGGAUGGCAAUUUCCGCCAGUCUUACCAUCAGAUGCGGAGCAAGCAGUUCCCUGUGUCCCGGGACUUGGAGAGCAAUGCUGACUACUGGUCGGGCGUCAUGGGAGGCAGCAGUGGGACGAGCCGGGGGCCCUCGGCCGUGGAGUACAACAGAGAGGACCGGGACAGCUUCAGGCACAGGUGAUCCUGCCACAUCCUCUCAAUGAGAACACCCCCUCCCCACACUUAUUAAGCAACGUGUCACGUGAAGUCACCAUUCCAGGCUCUUAAUGAACCCUGUUCGCCUUUCCCUGCCUUCUCAUAUGUUUUAUCCUGUGGCCUCUACAAUACCCCACCCAUCAGCUCCACCCUUUUUGCUCAUUUGUUACGUGAAAGGUAAAACGCCAAACAUGUUA